UGGUCAGCAGUUUUCGUUCCUACUACAUCAAUAUGGCGUCCUUUGUGACAGUUGGCGUCUUUUUGCAAGAAGCCGUUUAUUCUCAAUAAAGCACUAUCUGAUAAGUGUUUGGUCUGUCUGACUUCACCGCUUAUGGAACUGAAGAAUAGCUAUGGAAGGUGGAGGGAAGUAUUGGGUUAUUGAGAAUAGCGACGAUGAAAGGGACGAGGAGUUGAAAGCGUUCAAGGGGAAUUCAACAGGCGAUAUUCCUAUUCAAAUUUUAAAGCACUACAAACAGAUAGAGCAAGAUGGAGUUAUUGAGAUCAAACUAGAGGAAUACCGUAAACAGCGAAAAGAUGACUUACCUGUGAAGCAAAAGCGCAAAGAAGACGAGGAAGAUAGAAAUGCUGACGGGGAGAUUGAUGAAAAAAAGCAAAACUAUGCCAACGAUAGGUCUGUAGAGGCCUCAGCUUUCGAUUACAUGGAUGAUAGUGACGAAUGGCAGGGACCUAAGCGGACGCCCAAACAUGGUAGGGUAAAUAAGAAAAGGGUUGGCUCUUUGCAAAAUGUCAUAUCUGAUUUAAAGCGGUUCAAAGAGCUUGACCAGUCUGUUUCUGAGGAUCAAGGCAGUAAUAGCGGGAAGGGAAAGCCUACUCACCUAGAAAAGGAGCCAACAGAGAAAAACUUAACUAUACAAAUCAAAUCUGAAUGCACAGAUUGAAGAGCAGUAUAUAAGACCUAUGUAUCAUUUCUUAUAUUUCUGAGUGGCUGGCAAGCAAAACACCAAACAAACUAUACAAUGGAAAAGUACUGUACUCAAACUGGUUACCCAAUCUCAUCACUCCCCUAGAAUUUUUUGGAUUGGGGCUAAUAACAAGGUUAUGGUACUGGAAUGCUUGUUUACAGAACUCAAAUAUUUUUAAAAAACUGUGUAAAAUAUGUAUAAAACCAAUGUUACCAUAAAGUUUUAGGAAUUUUUAUUCAUAAGAAUGUGUGCCAUCAGAAAUGUCAUUAUAAACCAAGUAGGGAAUUGGCUUGCUUUCCAGAUUGUUUAGAAAAACACUAUAUAUGAAAAAUGUUUUUGCCAAAAUACACAUGAAAAAGCAGUACGACAAGCAUCCCUGGUACUUAUUAAACACUCCACUGUUGAAAUACCCUAUUUUCCUAAAACAGGAAACAAAAAGAAACGUUUUUUAAAACAUCUUGGAUUGUAUCACCAAUUCACUCAUAAACAGGAUUUGACUUGGUGAAAUUAAUGAGCUACUGUAUGGCUGGUAUUAUUUUCCAGAUCCCCAGUGCUAUGGGCACUGUUGUAUGGGUCUGGCUAGAAUUUACUUAUGAGAAGUAGCAAUAUAAUUAACUCAUACUGCCUGGCAUCCAGGUAAAUCACCAGUAGACUGCACACAAGUGUGUUUUACUUAAACAUCGAAAAGUGUGUAUUCUCUAAGAUUGCACUCAGUUUUUAAUCAUUGCUCCCUUACCACACUAUAUUAAUGUAAUUUGAAUGUAAUAGGUAAAGUACCAUGCAAUAAAAAUGAUGUACUUGUGA